AUGCUCGCCAUCCAGAAGCCCCCACCACAAAUGUUCGCUGCUCCCCUGUUCCGUCCGACCCACGCACGGGCGCCGUCAGCGCCUGUCGUGGUCAGGCCAACACAUACGCCGGGUCUCCUAUCCCUCUCCAAGCCCUUGCAGUCCGUCCCCCGCUCCCAUGUUGUGCAGCAGUCGCAACCGCGGCAGCAGCAGCAACAGCGCACACCGCCUAGAGGCAAGCCUCAGCAGAGGUCGCCUCAACCAACGCACGCGCUGGCGCAAUCUUCCGAGGACGCUAAGAAGCCUGCGAGUCUAGUGCCCAAGGUCAACUCUGCUACAUCCGACAAGGCUCUAGAGAAGGCCGGCGAACACUCGAGUGGUGUGCUCGCCGACAAGCCCCUGAGGGGCCGACAGGCGUCCAAGGCCGCCAAAGCGCGAAGGAGCGCAUCCUCUUCUUCUCGUGUCCCUGCGCGACGACCUUCCCACCAACCAUCUCCUCCCCCUAGUACUAGGAUACCCUCGCAGGCAGAGGUUUCUUCUAAACGCUCACCGAAGCUCUCUCGUCCCGCUGUCGCUGUCGCGGCAGUCGACCCGACCGAUCCUUUCGCCGUUAUUAGCCCCAGCACGCGCGAUGCGCCUCCCUCUGACCCAGCGAAGGCUGGUUCCAAGGGCCCGGCGUUCCGUUUGCCUUCCCAGUUGACGCAGCCGUCGGGCAAACUAGCCCGCCGCCGCCAGCUGACCUCUAGACAGCCCUCGACGCCUACGCCUCCUAAGACGGCCCCGCGACGAAAGGAGAGGGUUGCCGCGCUCGUGGGUACUGUUAGUGAUCCGCUUGUACCAAAGUUGGAGGCCACGUCAGUACAUAAAGAUGACGACCUUUCGUGGAACGGCUUCCCUAUCUGCGAUGACUCGGCCGACCUGGCUGACGACAGCGAUGUGACCCCGCCGACGACUCCCAUUAGGGAUCUGUGCACUACUCCUGUCAAGGGGGUGAGCACCCUUCCGGUGAAGGGCGGGAAGGCGCGCCGUCCGGCCAUGCCCUUUGACCGCAGCGCCCACUCUGCUCCCCGUACUGCACCGCUCUCUUCGGCGUUCGGCUCCUACUUCGUUCCUCCGCAUCCGACGUCGACCCCGACUCCUGCCCAGCGUCGUCGCAAUCACCGCCGUGUCCCGAGCGAAGGCGUGUUCAACAUGUCCAUGGACGAGGAUUCGUCAUCGUCAUCGACGCCCGACGUUUUUACCUUCGACAGGUCCCCCGCGCCUGGCUCCAGGCGCAGGAUGUCAACGGAUCUGACGGCAAUGAACGCUGUCGAGGGUGGUCAUGCUUCCUCUGCUCCUCAACCUGGGUUUUUUGCAGGCUCGAUGUUCCAGAGCUCUCCUAGCCCAGAGGAGCUACCUCCGCCGUCUUUUUGA